AUGAGUAGUGUAAUAUUUUACAGAUUUAGAUCACAGAAAGACCCUUCAAGAAUUUUAUUCGAUGGAACUGGUUUAACUGUGUUUGAUUUGAAGAGAGAAAUCAUCUUCGAAAAUAAAUUAGGUGAUGGUCUAGAUUUUCAAUUAAAAUUAUUUACGCCAGAUACUGAAGAGGAGUAUGAGGAUGAUGCCCAGGUCAUUCCAAGAUCCAGUAGUGUUAUUGUGAGAAGGUCACCUGCAAUUAAGGCAACAAACCUUAACAGUAGACCCAAAUUGGGGGCCUUGGCUGCAGUAGGCAAUGCGACGAGAUACGUGACAGGUAAACCUCGUGUUUUACAGAAGAAGAGCACCGUGCUUGGUGGGAAUCCAGCUAGUCCCUCAAGGCCAGUAACUGGUGUGACAGAAGAAGAGCGUAUUGCCAAUAUGUUUGCUAAUCAAGAAAAUCAAUGGGAGCAGACUCAACAAGAAAUGUCCUCUGCUACUCCUGUUUUCUUUAAAUCUGCCUCAGGAGCAGCAAAUAAUUCUGAUGCAGAUGGCCCUCCUCCUCCAGGGUAUAUGUGUUAUAGGUGUGGUGGCAGAGACCAUUGGAUUAAAAAUUGUCCAACGAAUACUGACCCUAAUUUCGAAGGUAAGAGAAUAAAGAGGACUACAGGUAUCCCUAAGAAAUUCUUGAAAUCUGUAGAAAUUGACCCAGAUAGUAUGACAGCGGAAGAGAUGGCUCAAAAAAAGAUCAUGAUAACAGAUGAAGGUAAAUUUGUUGUGCAAGUUGCCGAUCAAACAUCUUGGGAAGAUUAUCAAAGAAAACAACAGAAUCGAUUAUUAAAUGGUAAUAAUGUAUACAGAAAAGGCUACUAUAAAGAUCUACCAGAAUCUUUGAAGUGCCCAAUAACAGGUGGUCUGUUAAAGGAUCCAAUAAAGACUAAAUGUUGUAACAAAUAUUUCUCGAAAACUGCACUUGAAGAUUCAUUGGUGGAAAGUGAUUUUGUUUGUCCAGGAUGUGAUACACCAGAUAUACUAUUGGACUCCCUGGUGGAGGACAAAGAGAGGAAACAAGAAGUCGACAAGUACAUUGAGGAACAUAAAAGCAAUCAAGAAUCAUUAAACGUUACAGAUAACAUAAUUCCUGAUAUUACAGCAGGUGUUACUCGUCAUGAUGUUAACCAGAUUAACAAUGUAAAUAAUCAAUUAUCUAAUGCAGAACCAGAUGCUAAGAAGAGGAAAUUAAACGAACAACAAGCUGGGACUCCAAACGCUAUGCCUGCUGUACCGAUGCCCAUGCCUCCAUUUGGCAUGGCGCCAUUCCCUAUGGCACCUUUCCCUAUGGCACCUUUCCCUAUGCCCUUCCCGAUGCAAUCUGCUCCUCAGCAGCAGUUAAACCAAACAAACAGUACUAACAGUAACACAGAUGAUAAAGUUAACACAUCUACAUCAAAAGAACAGACGAAUAAUUAG